AUGGACCGUAGAGCUCAGUUUGCUUGUGUUACUUGUCGGCGACUGAAACGGAAAUGCCCCAAAGAAUUACCGUCUUGCUCAUUGUGCCUUAGACUCGAAAAGCAAUGCGAGUAUCCGCCACGAGUCCGGAACUUAUAUGAGAACACGGCUCUCAAUUCAUCAACUAGCUCUCAAGCCACAAACGAAGUAGAGCAUCAAAUAUUAAGUGCCACACCAACAGAGCCAAGUUUUAACCCUGAACAAGAUGCUAUUUUAGGGCAUAAAGACAUUCAUACUUUCCCAGCUAUGUUUUUUCUAGAGGCUGAGGUUUGCAUCAAGCCUUUAGCGUCGGAACCUUGCCAAGUAAGAGGUUUCAUAACACCCCAUUGCAGUCUUUCACAAGAGGCAGAUGAAAUCUGCGAGAAGUAUUUCUCUACUGUCCACCAGUGGUUGCCAAUAUUAAGUAAGAAGCGUGUCCGAAGACACAUUGCCGAGAAUGAAUUAGUCUCUGACUGCCCCUCUCAACUCUUGUUUCUUUGCAUGAAGUUGGUAUCGGAACCGUUGCCGGAUGAAGUAUCUGCCAGAGCGAAUAUGCCUUACAAGAGAGUCUUAGACACUUUGUCUAAAGUCGAAAACUCAUGUCUUCCCUCUCUUCAGCUUCUACAGUCUAUCAUUCUGUUAUCCGCUUAUGAACUUGGUCAUGCAAUAUAUCCCGCAGCUUAUUUACAUGUUGGACAUGCUGCUCGACUUUGUGUUAUGAUGGGAUUUCACGAUCGGAAGAACGCGAGCCAACUGUUCAAAGAUACGGUCACAUGGACAUCACGAGAGGAAGAACGCAGGACGUGGUGGGCAGUCUUUUGCCUCGACAGAAUCACUAAUCAGGGCAUUAACGGAUUACCUUUCUCAGCUCCCGAACCAAGUCCAGGAGAGUUAUUACCGUGUCCAGAGGGCCCGUGGAUUGAAGGCGGAGUUGGCUUUAACGAACCCCUUUUUGCGACUUCGUUUUCCAACAAUACUAGUUUAGGAUCAUUCGCCAAUAUGUGCCAGGCAGCGCAUGUCCUUGGUCGUGUAUUGCGCCACCGCGACGAACCCCAUAGUAGCCGUAUAUCCCUUGGUUUUCGGGUAUCAGAAGCAAAACAGCUUCAUCAUAUUCUCACAUCCUUAUCAUCACAUCUAAGUGAUAUUUCCCAAGAGUUACUUUUGCUCGAUAACUCUGUGCUGGUGCCCUUGGCUUUAUGUUUCUCUGCGCGCCUCAUUCUAUAUGAUAUAUACGCGUGCAAUGAGACGUACUCGACGGAUUAUGGUAGGUCUUCUGAAGAAGCGGAGUUGCAGAAAGAGUCUAUGGCAGGAAUCUUUGAUGUCACUAGGGGUAUUUGGCAACUCGCGUGCCAACUACUUGACUCUAUCAAUCAGGCCGAAGACGAGCCUAUGAACAUCAGCCCGCUUUUAUGUCACUGCUUAUACGCCGGAGCAGGUGAAAGCGAGUGGCUCAUCCUUGAACAUGAAGAUUCAGCUGCGGGCAUAUGGCUGAAGGAUAUUGUUAUGCUUCUUCGGGUUAUUGGGAAACGAUGGCAAGUCGCAGGUAAGUAG